AUGCUUCUUUAUGGUUUAGCAAGAAGGAGCAAUGCAUCGUUGGACUUCAAACCUUUCUCAACAGCAGCAGCAGCAUCUGCUGGAGAGGCCAUUGCAACUGCAUCUGCCAGAGAAGCCAUUGCAACUGCAUCUGCCAGAGAAGCCAUUGCAACUGCAUCUGCCAGAGAAGCCAUUGCAACUGCAUCUGCCAGAGAAGCCAUUGCAACUGCAUCUGCCAGAGAAGCCAUUGCAACUGCAUCUGCCAGAGAAGCCAUUGCAACUGCAUCUGCAUCUGCAUCUGCCAACGACUGGACUAAGUAG